AUGAAAUUUCUCCUCGCCUGCACCUAUAUAAUUAUGCUAUUGUAUGGAAGAACAAUAAGAACAGCGAAGGAAGGAAACCCUGUAUUCUUUGAGUAUCCAGAGAGAGUUUGGUCCCUUAUGAACACCCACGACGGUAGCCUUGAAGUGAACGUCAUAUCGGCCGAAGGCCUCAGUUUUCCGAUCGGAACCAUCGGAAGAAAUGCCUUUGUCGUUGUUGGCACCGGCUCCUGCAGCCGUUGCUCCACCUCCACUGAUCGCCAAGGUGGUGCGUACCCGUCAUGGAACGAGAAGUUCUCGUUGCCAUUUCGGCCGGAAACAAGGUCUCUUGACGUCGAUGUCAGGUGCAAGACGGCCUUAGGGGAGAAGGCUGUCGGCAGGUGCACGAUUCCGGCAUCGGAUAUUUACGAAGUUCCGUUGGGAUACUUGCAUUUUCUCAGCUACCGAUUGCAUGACAAGGAGGGAAGGAGGAAUGGGGUCAUCAAUCUGUCGGUGAAGGUUAUCACACGGCUGCCGGAAAGAUGCUUGCAGCCGUCAGCCCCACUGUUUCCCAUGUGGGGGAUGCCAAAGAUGCCGGCCGGCUACUCUGAUCAUUCCUCCGCUAAUAUGGCGCUUCCACAUGCACACCGUCCUUCUUACUGUUAA